AUGAGUGCUGACCACGCAAGAGACCCCUGUCCUAUCGUUAUUUUAAAUGACUUUGGUGGUGCAUUUUCCAUGGGUGUGAUUGGUGGUUGUGUGUGGCACGGGAUUAAGGGUUUCAGAAACUCGCCCUACGGUGAACGGGGCCAAGGUGCCCUCCAAGCGAUCAAGGCUCGUGCGCCCGUCGUCGGUGGUAACUUCGGUGUGUGGGGUGGUUUGUUCUCCACUUUCGACUGUACCGUCAAGGCCGUCCGUAAGAGAGAAGACGCCUGGAACGCCGUGAUUGCUGGGUUUUUCACCGGUGGUGCUCUUGCCAUCAGAGGUGGGUGGAGACACACGAGAAACUCCGCCAUCACCUGUGCCUGUUUGUUGGGGGUGUUUGAAGGUGUGGGGAUGAUGAUGCAACGGGUGUUUGCCCAACCGCAAAUGGCCCCGGCCUACCCCGAAGCCGGCGAACCGUUGGCGGCGUAA